AUCUCCGACAUCUACAUCAGCGGGGAGUCGGGGGAUAUGUCGGCCAAGGAGAAGCUGCUUCUGUGGACACAGAAGGUGACGGCGGGUUACAUCGGUGUCAAGUGCACCAACUUCUCAUCAUGCUGGAGCGAUGGGAAGAUGUUCAACGCGCUCAUCCACAGAUACAGGCCGGAUCUGGUGGACAUGGAGAGGGUGCAGAUCCAGAGUAACCGGGAGAACCUGGAGCAGGCCUUCGAGAUCGCCGAGCGGCUGGGGGUCACACGGCUGCUGGAUGCCGAAGACGUGGACGUCCCCUCUCCGGAUGAGAAAUCAGUGAUAACUUAUGUAUCUUCAAUCUACGAUGCCUUUCCCAAAGUCCCCGAGGGAGGAGAAGGGAUCAGCGCUAUCGAGGUGGAUUCAAGGUGGCUGGAGUACCAGAGCCGCGUGGAGUCCCUCAUCUCGUGGAUCAAGCAGCACACGAUACUCAUGUCAGAUAAAUCCUUCCCCCAGAACCCUGUAGAGCUAAAGGCACUUUAUAACCAGUACAUACACUUCAAAGAAACUGAAAUCCCAGCAAAAGAGCAGGAAAAAGGAAGGAUAGAGGAGCUCUAUAAACUGUUAGAGGUAUGGAUUGAAUUUGGACGGAUCAAGUUGCCCCAGGGGUAUCACCCCAACGAUGUGGAGGAGGAAUGGGGCAAGCUCAUCAUAGAGAUGCUGGAGCGCGAGAAGCUCCUGCGGCCAGCGGUGGAGAGGCUGGAAUUGCUGCUACAAAUCGCUAACAAAAUCCAGAAUGGUGCUCUGAGCUGUGAAGAAAAGCUCACUCUUGCAAAGAACACGCUGCAGGCUGACGCUGCUCACCUGGAGUCGGGCCAGCCGGUGCAGUACGAAUCCGACGUGGUCAUGUAUCUGCAGGAGUGCGAGGGGCUCAUCCGCCAGCUACAGGUGGAUGUGCAGAUCCUUCGGGAUGAGAAUUACUACCAGCUGGAGGAGCUGGUGUUCAGGAUCAUGCGGCUGCAAGAUGAGCUGGUGACGCUGAGGCUGGAGUGCACUAACCUGUACAGGAAAGGCCACUUCUCCACCCUGGAACUGGUGCCCACUUCCACGCUGAGCACGACACACUUGAAGGGCGAGUCCCUGACGAAAGGGCUGCACACCACCUCUGCCUCCUGGUUCCGGAAGCCCAUGACCAGGACUGAGCUGGUGGCCAUCUCUUCUUCCGAAGACGAAGGCAGCCUCCGGUUCGUGUACGAGCUGCUGGCAUGGGUGGAGGAAAUGCAGAUGAGACUGGAGCGGGCAGAGUGGGGGAGCGACCUGCCGAGCGUGGAAACCCAGCUGGAGACCCAGCGGCAUGUCCACACCAGCGUGGAGGACCUGGGCUCCAGCGUAAAGGAGGCCCGGAUGUACGAGGGUAAAAUGUCUCAGAAUUUCCGUGCUAGUUACACAGAGACGCUUGGCAAGCUGGAGACGCAGUACUGCAAGCUGAUGGAAACCUCGAGCUUCCGGCUGAGACACCUUCAGAGCUUGCACGGGUUUGUGUCUCGGGCCACUGCUGAGCUGAUUUGGCUGAAUGAGAAGGAGGAGGAGGAACUGGCCUAUGACUGGAGCGACAACAACCCUAACAUUGCAGCCAAGAAAAACUACUUCUCGGAGCUGACGAUGGAGCUGGAAGAGAAGCAGGACAUCUUCCGCUCCCUCCAAGACACAGCCGAGCUGCUGUCCCUGGAGAACCACCCGGCCAAGCAAACCGUAGAGGCCUACAGUGCUGCCGUGCAGACUCAGUGGCAGUGGAUUAAGCAGCUCUGCCUGUGUGUGGAACAGCACGUGAAGGAGAAUGCCGCCUAUUUCCAGUUCUUCAGUGACGCCCGGGAGUCGGAGACCUACCUGCGCAACCUGCAGGACUCCAUCAAAAGGAAGUAUUCUUGCGACCAUAACACGAGCCUGACGCGGCUGGAGGACCUGCUGCAGGACUCCAUGGACGAGAAGGAGCAGCUCAUUCAGUCGAAGAGCUCCGUCGCCAGCCUGGUGGGACGAUCCAAAACCAUCGUUCAGCUCCGGCCCAGGAACCCGGAGCACCUUGUGAAGAGCACGAUCCCCAUCAAGGCUGUGUGUGACUAUCGGCAGAUCGAGGUGAGGGCCGGACGGGUGUCGGCGUGACUUUGAAAGGGAAGGCAGGGACAAGGCAGGGGAGCAGCGCC